CCAUAACAAAAUAUACACCGUGGGUUCUUUCACAUAUGACACUGAAACCUAGCUCGAUACCGCAUAUUCACAUGUUUUCUUUUUAAACUAAGCACUUUAACUAAAAAAUAAAAAUAAACAAAAUAUACUCAUCGUUGAAUCGACACAGUACACGGCCGGGUAAGCUGACGACGCGUGUGUGCACUAAAAAGAUGUUCUGGAUGAGAAGUUGAAAGAACACUGUAAAACACCAUGGCAACAACAUAUAAUAACAGGAAGAGGUCAUAUGUGGAGAUGGCUGCAUUGAAGGGCAAUAGAGAGAUCACAUUUGCCAGGGAGGCCACCAUACAUGUUGCAAAAGUGCGACCGACCCCUAUAGCAAGAAAUCCAACCUUCCACGAGGGUCCCAGGAAAGGCACUCUACUUAAUAUGAAUGUGUUUGAAGCACAAGAUUCGCCUUCAAGUAUAAACUUGGUAAAGAAAAUAGAGACCCCACUUGUAGUACAGAAACACAUAUUAUCGCCCAAAAGACCAGUUACUAACAUGGCAACCAGCAUGGGACCUAUACCUGAGAUAGUUGUCGACCUUGUAGAAGAACCAAGAUGGAAAAAACGGUUAGAGAUGAUGUCAUCCCAAACAACUAACCAGCCGACAAAAGUACCGGACAUUGAAAUAAGACCAAAGACAAUGGAUACGAUCAGAAAGAAACAAAGACAGCUUAAUACAAAUAAUGAGGAAAGGAAGCCUCCAAGCACUCCGAAGAAAUCUGUGAACGUCGAUUGUCCAACUGUUGUAGCAAGUAAAGUUAUUAAGAAAGUAAAAUAUACGUCCGAUAUACAUGCAUCUACCGAGGAAGUGAGAAGUAAACGUAUUGAGAUGUUGAAAAACAGAGGUUUUGUUGUCAGGUCAAGGUCGGACCCUGGUCCACUUACAAGGGAGACAGUAUCUGUACCCGCUUCUGAGGAAGGGAGGAAGCGAAGCACUGUGUACCUGCCUCCGAUGGAAAGAGAACCAACUUUCAACACUGUUCCUAGCAAGCGCUUCUCAUCAACUCAGUUCUCCCGAGAGAAUGGGCAUAUUUAUCAAGGAUCAAUGGAAGAUCUGCAGCCCAAUCACUGGAACCUACGACAGAAGAAAGUUUCUGAAGGGACACAACAUAAAAUUGUCACACAUCUCAGGAAAAAGUUGACGAAGCGACUGGAGAAGAGAAUUAGCAAUAUAAUUGAUAAGGAGUUAAAGACAAACGAUGGCGAUCAAAAAGAUAAUGCAUCAGCUCCUGUGGUGGAAGAAUCGACGCGCCCGCCUGAUAUUUACCACACGUACAACGACUGGGGUGAAAAGGUUAUAAAGAAACACAAAAACUCUAUUGCCGCUAUGGUAAACUCUUUCAAAAAGCAAGGAGAUACUCUAGGAGAACUUCCAAAUGACAACCAUAAGUCUGUAGGAGUUAACAACAAAAUGCAAAUCUCAAAUCCUGUAGGUCAAUUUGGUGCUAAUCAAAUAGAAGAAACAGAUCUCAUAUUGCCAGCUAUAACAAAAGACAUUCAUGGAAUGACAUUAUCAGACCAUUUCCCAAAUAUUCACUCAGAUCGUAGACUUACUAAACGGGUAUCUCUUCAAGAAAUGCCUCAUAUUAUCAACAAAGAUGAAUCAACAAUUGAUGAGAAUGAUAAUAUUAGGAGAAAAGUGGCUAUGAGUCCCGUUCAGACACCACUAGUGAAUAGACCGGAGUCCAGGCAGUCUAGGAUAUUCUCUGUAGAGGAAAGGAUGACGAGGAUUCUCCAGGGAGAGGUCCAUCUUGAGUGUCCUCAUACAGAUAAGGUGAUCACCAUCUACAUCAGCUCUGCAUUUACAGACUCUGAGAUGGAGAGGACAGAUCUGAUGUACAAAGUCUACCCCCAAAUCAAGCAACUGUGUAAGGAGAAGGGAUAUGUGGUGCAAAUGCUUGACCUACAUUGGGGGUUCAAGGACUUUAUAUUUGACGAUCAUUUUGGGGAGGAAACCUGUCUUAAGGCCUUGACAGAAUGUCAAGAGCAUUCAAAUGGUCUCAACUUUGUGUCAUUCCUUGGGCAAAAGUAUGGCAGUUUUAUACUCCCUAAAACUAUAAACGGCGAUGAAUUUGAAGCUAUCCUCAGAGCCGUGCGUUGGGAUAAAGAUAAGGACAGUGUAAGCUCAGUUCUUGAAGCAUACGAAAGAAAAAUCCUUGUGACUGAAAAUCAAAGAAAGAAAAACAAAGGAAGUCAAGCAUCAGAUGAAGAGUCAAGCCCAAGGAAGACCCCACUGGAACAUUUCAAGCAAUCCGCAAAGAUGAUUAUUCUUGAACAAAGGUUUGUGCGAGCAAUAGAACAGUUCUCAACCCCAGUGGAGAACGAGGAGAAUGGUGACAAACAAGAGACUGCUGCUGAACCCGGACUUCUCACCAACUGGUACAAGAAGGACACCAAUGUGGUGCCAUAUGUAUACAGACUACAGAAAAUAAGUACGAUGUUCAAAUCCAUCAACUCCAGAGAUGCAAGUAAGAAGCAACAGGCCAGAAACAGUUGGAUGUCAGUACAGAAGAAACUCUCAGGGUUGUUUGAGAAAUACGCUGAGGAAGCAUUGAAAGAUGAGAUUCUCGCAGAGAAAUAUCAAAAAUCAUUGCAAGAGCAUGAACUCGAACAAGGCAUUCUGAGUCUGGAUGAAACAGAGAUCCAAAGCAACUGCAUCUGGUUCAGACGGAACAUAGACGAUAUGAAAGGCAAAUAUGUUGACCCUAAAGCCAGAGAAUAUGUCGAUCUGCUUCCUAUGAGGCCUGUCAUUGACCCUGUCUUGAAAGAAAAACUAAGCAGUCUUGACAAACGGAUGACAGAUCAGAUGUCACCCAGUUGUAUCAUAAACAACACGUGUCAGUGGUCCAAGGAGGGGAUCAGUCCACUUACGAACAGGAACCACUUUGUGUAUUUGGAGAAGGUCAACACAGAGUUCACACAAAUCAUUAACAGACAUAUGCUCAAUAUAACAACACCAAUGCCAGAUGAAAGCCAGGACAAACUAAAUCUGUUUGAAGAAGUGCAACAACAUAUAGGAUACUGCCAUCAACGAUCCCGAGAGUUUCAUGGAAGAAAGGAGCAGUUGUCUACCAUCAAAACGUAUCUAAGAUCAAAUACCAAAGCCCCGUUGAUUAUCUAUGGGCCUAGCGGGAUGGGAAAAUCGGCCCUUAUCGCCAAGGCAGCUAAAGACACUCACAAAUGGAUAAAAGGGACAAACAGUGUCAUCGUCCUCAGAAUGAUUGGUUCCACGGCGGAUUCUAAGACAAUCAGGCUGUUCCUUCGCUCCUUGUGCCAUCAACUUUGUGAGAUAUAUGGAGGAGUAGCAGACGAGAUUCCAGAAGAUAUCAAAGGAUUGAAUAAUGACUUCCUUGAGCGAUUGAGCCAUGCAACAACUGAGAGACCCCUAGUUCUGUAUAUAGACGCACUAGACGAACUUAUCGAAUGGAACGAUUCCAGAAAGCUUCACUGGUUGCCACGUGAACUUCCAGAAAAUGUUCACAUGAUUCUUUCCACUCGGCCGGACGAAAGAUUCCAGGUUUACCCUGCACUCCAGUCCCUCUACUCAGAACACAAAAACAAUUUUAUUGAGCUUCCCGACUUUAGAAUGGACGAUGGUUUGAUAGUCAUGCAUCAUCUACUGGACAAGCACUCCCAUGUGCUCACUCAAGAACAGACUGAUAGAAUUGUUGAAUCGUUCAGAAAGUGCCAUAGUCCAUUGUUCCUGAAAGUUGCCAUCUAUGAAGCGAUCUAUUGGCGUUCAGAUGACGUCAUCACAGACGGCAUGGUACCUGGUGACUCGAGGAGAAUGAUCAAUGUAUUUAUCGGGCGACUUGAGAGAACACAUGGAGAACCUUUGGUUCGUCGUGCUAUGGGUUAUAUAGCUGCAAGUCGACAUGGUGUGACAUACACAGAAAUAGAAGACCUGCUUUCAUUAGAUGAUGUAGUAAUGGAAGACAUAAUUGGUGCAAAUAAUAAACUCCCAGUGAGAAGAAUUCCACCAUUGUGCUUGCAUAGACUUUACCUUGACCUGAAGCCAUUCCUAUCUGAGAGAAUGGCAGAUGGACUGAUCACCAUACGAUUCUCACAUGCUCAAUUCUAUGAGGCAACAGAGGAAAGAUAUCUUAAAAACAAGGACAAGGCACCCUCCUACCACAAAGCCAUGGCAGAAUAUUUCCUUGGAAAGUGGCACGGGGUGAAAAAAGCUCACCUGGGCAACGAUGUUGGGUCAGACAGGUUCGUCGCACCUCAACCAUUGUUCUUUGAAAGACCUAACAAACAGAAUGAAAUCAUACGGGUCUACAACAAGCGAAAGCUAAAUGAACUCCCACAUCAUCUCCUACUGUCCAACCAAAUUGAUAUUCUAAAAUAUUCCGCAUUGUGCAAUUUCGAGUUCCUAUUGGCAACAAUAUGCAGCUCAUCACUAAGAUCUCUAUUGGACGAAUUCCAGGUUGCCAUAGAAACUGAGCCAAAAGAUAAUGAUCUGAAACUUCUAUCAGAUACUCUCCAACUCUCAACAGAAGCACUUAGCAAAGACCCAAGACAGUUGGCGUCUCAAAUAGUGGGACGACUACAUACCAUAAUAACCCAUGACGUACCAGCAUCUCCAGGAGAUCCGAGAAAGUACCCACAUCUGCAUCCUUUGUUUGAGCAAUGUAGCCGUGGUUCUGUUCCCGCCUUGAUCCCUUCCACCACGUGUCUCACACCCCCGGGAGGGAUGCUGUUUGAUCUCCUAGCCGGCCAUAGUGACCCAAUUACGGCGGUGACUACAACUAAUGAUGGCUACAAGGCUGUCACAGCUUCUAAAGACGGCAGUCUAAAGAUGUGGGAUCUGAGGAACGGAAUUGUCACAAGAACUAUACCAUCUGCAGGGACGAAUAUUGUGCAAAUAAUAUUAGGGAUGAAUAACUGCUAUGCAUGCACUGUGUCCACCGGCUUGAUCAACAUUUGGAGUCUGAGAACAGGAGAGCUCGUUAAAAGUAUUGAUGAGUACGUAGACACGGCUACGCUGGCGCUAGCUAAUGAAGGGAACAUACUUGUUGCACUGUUUGAUGGGAGCAACACACUUCGCUCGUGGGACUUGGAAUCCAACUUCACAUUACUUGUUGAAUCAAGACUGGAAUCGAAAGGUGCUCUCCAUAAAGACCGCUCUAUAUUAGCAUCACUAUAUCACUAUGGGAACAAUGUUCUUGUAGCAUACAGGAGCGCAAAUUAUGCCAUGCUCAUGAAUUCUAGAAGCGGGCGACAGUCACGAACAUUACAAUGUAAUGAAGAGGGUGGAUCAGUGACGGCACUCGGGAUGUCUAGAGACUACUACAUAGUAACAGUAAGGUAUCAAUACAUGAAACUACACGAGCUUCAUAACCUUGAACUUUUUGACACGAAAAAUGGAAAGUAUCUCAGGUCUGUGAGAGGUUGUACGAAUUGUCAAGCAGAUCAUUUGUACGUCAAUGAAAUUGGCUCCCAUGCCAUAUCAAUGUGCCCCUCUGAGCGCAAUAACACAACAGAUAUCGCCGUGUGGAACCUAGAGACAGAAGAACACAAACAUCUCGCCCAUCAGUCAAAGGUUGUCGACAUCUCAGCCAGUUUGAACUUCAAGUUUGUACUGACAGCUAACAAAAAAGAUAAUACGCUGAGAAUAUGGAACCUCUCAAGUAAAAUCAACCAGCCAGGCGGUUCCAAAAAAGCGAAGAAGCUUGGAGUUGCGGAGAUUCAGCCAAUGGUCAAUAAUCCGAGGUAUGUGAUAGCACGGGCUAUGAACAAUGGACCAAUCAGUGUAUGGAAUGUAGCAAAGGGGAAGCUGUCUGGGAGUGCUGUACGAAUAGAACACGGACUAGUUGAUCCAAGUGAUAUUGUCGUUAUUCGCAAUACGAAGGUGAUCAUUCUUUCUGAAAGAUCUUUCGCCCAAGUUGGAGAUGAAUCUCGACCAGUUUUGCAGACAGUAUAUGUUUAUAAUCUGAGGACCAAGAGGUAUGAGGGUAAAAUGACGGGCUUGUUCAUCGUUCCAUCACCAGCGCACGAAUAUGUACUCUUGGAUGAAGACAGGCUUAUGGGGCUCAGUGAAAACAGAAGUCAUCAUAUCAUCUGGAGUCUGAGCAGUGGACAUGUAUUGAUGCGCAUCAAGACCAACUUUAAAGAGCUUGAGAGAAAUCAGAAUCACAUUCCCGAAGACGAUGUCUCACCUCGGGUGAAAGGAUUGGGCAAUAACAGUAAGAUGUUACCAUGGGAGCGAAGAACAGAGACGGAGCUAGACAGAAAGAAGCGCCAGGAGGAGGAAGAAUAUGAGUUGAGAAAGAAGCGAGAUGAGUUGAAAAAGGAGACGGACAACUCCAUAGAACAGUACAUAAUAAGUGAAGAUCUUACCGUACUGGUUGCAGCAUAUUAUGCCCACCACUUAUGUGUUUUUGAUGUUGAGGCCGCCACCCAUACACAUACGCUUAGGAAUGAUAGCUGUAUGAUGUUCCUUCAUGUUUCUGCUCUGACAAGCAACGGCAGCCAUCUUGUCCAUGCCAACUAUGACGAUGACACAAAGACCAGUUACCUCACACUUUGGGACUUGAAGGAGGGAUUUGUCCGUAAGCGGUUGAAGAAUGAGAGAGAUGUCAUGGCAGUAGCAAUCGCUGAAAAGGCUGAGAGAAUAGUAUUCGGUAAGGCGAACAAUGAGCUGAGAAUCUGGGAUCCCCGCCGAACGAGUUCAUUACGAAAAAUAAAAGGCUACAAAGGAUUGAACUUCGGAGUCGAUAGCAAGAUUGUGAUAAUAAAAGAGGGCACCCAAGCAGCAGUCUAUGCUGGCGAUGUAUCACUGUGGGACUUGGAAAAAGCAACUGUGCUUGCGAUUUUCAGCCCUGAUACACGCAUCCAGUGUUUCAAUAUUGCUAUGGAAGGAAACCUAUUGGUGUUUGGCAUGAGAGACUCGAAUUCCGUUAUCAUUUUGAAAUUAAUGUCCAAAGAUAUGGCUGCGGAAUCAAAAGCAGCAGGAUCGGAUAUCUUUGGAGAAAUUGAGAGUUCAUCCUCAGAGGAACAAGAAGAUGAAGACUAGAAAUAUGAUCUAAAGUAUAUAAUAUCAAAGAUAUUGGAAAUAAAACUGCAAUAUUAAACAUGUGAAACAAGUCUCAAGGGACGAGGAACGCAUGAUAUUACAUGUAACGAUGUGCAUUCAAUCAAUAUGGACAAGUGUAGCAUAUUGCUCGCCCAUUUUGUAAAGAUCGAGGAAUUAAAACAAACUGUAAAACGAUUCUACGACUAUCGACAAGCAAGCAAGAAUGGGUACGGAUCAGUAAUUUAAUUGGUUGAACGUCUUCGAUUGAUGCUGAAUUGUUCUCUAAAUACGAAUAUAUUGGCAUCAAAUGCGAUAAAUCUAAGCUCAAAACAACAUAUUUUAAGGUGAACAUAUUUAUUUAUUUUUAAACAAAUGAACAUGUACAAAUUACAUUGAUAUUUUUAUACAAUAAAGUUUAGAAUAAUA